AUGAAAUAUUCGGUUUUAAAGCAGUUGGCUAAUGAGAAGAAAUUUAAGACAAAUGACAAUCCAGAUAUACUUCCACAUCAUGAUGUACAGGAAAUUGGUUUAUCAAGACAUUAUCAUGAGAAGAAAACUAGAAGAUUUCGUAGUGCAUUCACAACUGAGCAAAUUAAAUAUUUAGAAAAACAAUUUCAAAAAUUUCCAUACAUCGAAAGUGGAAGUAGAAAAGCAAUUGCAAGUGUAUUAAACAUUCCCGAGAGGACUGUAAAGUUUUGGUUUCAAAAUCGAAGAAUGAAGGAGAAAAAGGAGUCUCUUAGUAAGGACAUUGUGAGUGAGGGACAAAGCAAAAUUAAUUUAAAUCUUACUGAUGACAAUAUAGACGCUAAAACUUUUGAUUUUCAUUCCCAUUCUGGCCAUUUUUUAUAUCAAUUGAAACCAAUGGGAGUAUGUCCAGAUAAAACAGCUAGCAGUUCCAACAACAUUAUAAAUUGUUCUAAGGAAUUUUCUAAAUCAGUUCAUGAAAAGCAAAGUACUGCAGGGAGGAAUUUGGAAAACGUGAAAAUAUCACAAUCGAAUCUUACUAAAGCCAAACCGACAGAUGUAAAUGGAACAACAAAUGUUAACUUAUUACAUAAAAAUAUAUGUGGAACAAAAUUACUGGCAGGGAAUAAUCCAGUGAACCAGAAGUUAAAAAAUAUGAAAGUGAAAGAAAGAAAUCCUAUGGACUAUAAAUUAAAAUCUUCAAAUCCAGGAGUUUGCCAGCAGUAUUAUUAUCAAAUACCAAACGAUCAAAGCUAUGCGGCAUUUCGCGUAAAUCCGUUAGUCCAACAUCCAUCUAUACCAGGUAACAUAGUUUGGAGACCUGUGAACACAUUGUCUGUAGUACCCAACAUAAUAAAUCCGUCGCAAAUGAUGACUUAUGAUAACAGAUAUAUGCCACUCAAGCAGAAUCUUCCGAAAGAUCAGUGUAAAUGUAAUUGUAAAACUAAUAAUACGCAGGAAAUGUCCCCUUAUAUACCUUACAAUGUACCUACCGUACCACCAAAAUACAUAUUGACUAUGCCCUUUAGUAAUAAUUUUGAAUAA